GCCGCCGCCACCGCCAGGGGCUUGGUUGAGGCGGACGGUGGGUCUGGGCCGGAGUGUGGCACCAGGGCCGUUGCGCGAGAGGACAAGUGGGCAGUCAGAAAAUGGGUAAGAAGAGUCGAGUGAAAACACAAAAAUCAGGCACUGGUGCUACCGCAAGUGUGUCACCGAAGGAAACCUUGACCCUGACCAGCGAGCUGUUGCAGAAAUGCAGCGGCCCGUCCCCCGGCCCGGGGAAGGAGUGGGAGGAGUAUGUGCAGAUCCGGUCUCUCGUGGAGAAAAUACGGAAAAAGCAGAAAGGUCUGUCUGUUACUUUUGAUGGAAAAAGAGAAGAUUACUUUCCUGACCUAAUGAAAUGGGCCUCUGAGAAUGGAGCGUCCGCCGAGGGCUUUGAGAUGGUUAACUUCAAAGAGGAGGGCUUUGGGCUGCGAGCGACGCGGGACAUCAAGGCAGAAGAAUUGUUUUUAUGGGUCCCACGGAAAUUACUAAUGACUGUUGAAUCUGCUAAAAAUUCAGUUUUGGGGCCCUUGUAUGCUCAAGAUCGGAUCCUUCAAGCCAUGGGGAACAUCACGCUGGCCUUUCACCUGCUGUGUGAGCGCGCGGACCCGAACUCCUUCUGGCAGCCCUACAUUCAGACCCUCCCCAGUGAGUACGACACCCCUCUCUACUUUGAGGAAGAUGAAGUCCGGUCACUGCAGUCCACGCAGGCUGUCCAUGACGUCUUCAGCCAGUACAAGAACACCGCUCGGCAGUACGCCUACUUCUACAAGGUGAUCCAGACCCACCCUCAUGCCAACAAACUGCCCUUGAAGGAUUCUUUCACUUAUGAGGACUACAGGUGGGCAGUCUCCUCUGUGAUGACGCGGCAGAACCAGAUUCCCACGGAGGACGGCUCCCGGGUGACCCUGGCGCUGAUUCCCUUGUGGGACAUGUGCAAUCACACCAACGGCCUGAUCACCACGGGGUACAACCUGGAGGACGACCGCUGCGAGUGCGUGGCCCUGCAGGACUUCCGUGCCGGAGAGCAGAUUUACAUUUUUUAUGGCACUCGGUCAAAUGCAGAGUUUGUGAUCCACAGUGGUUUUUUCUUUGACAAUAAUUCACACGACAGAGUGAAAAUAAAGCUUGGAGUGAGUAAAAGUGACCGGCUCUACGCGAUGAAGGCCGAGGUCUUGGCCCGUGCUGGCAUCCCCACCUCCAGCGUGUUUGCUUUGCACUUUACGGAGCCGCCUGUCUCUGCGCAGCUGCUGGCUUUUCUCCGCGUGUUCUGCAUGACCGAAGAAGAACUGAAGGAACACUUGCUGGGAGAGAAUGCUAUCGACAGGAUCUUCACCCUGGGGAACUCUGAGUACCCUGUGAGCUGGGACAACGAGGUCAAGCUCUGGACGUUUCUGGAAGACCGAGCCUCGCUUCUUUUAAAAACGUAUAAGACAACUAGUGAGGAAGACAAGUCCAUCUUGAAAAACCAAGACCUUUCUGUUCGUGCAAAAAUGGCCAUUAAGUUGCGCUUGGGUGAAAAAGAGAUUUUGGAGAAAGCGGUGAAGAGUGCGGCCUCGAACCGGGAACAUUACCGCAAGCAGAUGGAGGCGCGCGCUCCGCUGCCCAAGUAUGAGGAGAGUAACCCGGGGCUGCUGGAGGGCGGCGGGGUGGACUCGAGGCUGCCCCUGGUCCUGCGGGGCCUGGGGGAGGGGGCCGGCGCACAGGGGGCCCUCCCCCUCACUGAGGCCAGUGGCCGUGCAAGGGCUGCGGAAAACGGGCUCAUCAACGGCCAGAACUCUAUCUCCAACGGGACCAGGUUAGAAAAGGAAAGUUUAGAUGAAGAGGAAAGGAAAAGAGUGACUGCAGAUGCCAAAGAACCUGCUUCGGAGAGCCCUGGGGAAGCCACAGAGCAGCUCUGAGGACGUGCGGCCCCAGAUCCGGUCAGCGGGGCUGUGAACGGUCCACUCAUGUCGCUAUGGCUCCUUAUGCCAUGUUUUUGGGGUUUGUUUGUUUUUUUUUUCUGCAGAGAGGAAAGUGUUUUUGCUGCUUUAUAUAAAAAUAAUUUUUUUAAGUUAUUUAAAAAAAAUCUAGCUUCCCUUUUUUGAUUAAGAUUGCCAUCUUGCUUUUAGGCAGAACAAGCAAGCUAUCCCACCACGACAGCAAAGGGGGGAGAGAGGUGCCUUGGAAGAUUUUGCAGACCCAUUGUGGGCAAAGUGUUUUCUUCCCGGGGAAGAGUUUAGCUCCUCUCUCAGCUGUGCUUUUGUGGGCCUGUCAUCGUGACAGCCGAGCGAACGCCUCUCUGCCUCCUGCCAGCAGGACGGGGGCAGCGGGGGGGCCGGGGCGGCCCGGCCCCACAGCCGGGAGCGGGCUGGAGGUUUGCGAGCUUGUCUGGGCAAAAUCAUCUUUUCCUUUUUUUUUUUUUUUUUUUUUUUAUUUGUUCCCCCAAAACAUACAACACUCCAGUACCAAAAGAAAAGGUAAGAUGGCAACCUUAUUUUUAAUAGUUUUAAAUGUUGAUGAUAACCUUAAUUAUAUAAACACACACACACCCGCCCUAGUGAUUUCUAAAGACUUGUUUACCUUUUGUGUUGUUUUACUGUAUUAAGAACUUGUCUUUUCUCCUUGAAUCAAAGUAGGACAGGCAUCAUCUUUCUAGUUUCCAAAGCUGGCUCUGAUUUGGAAGAGGCGCGUCGGACUUGCAGUGAGGGGCUAGAGGGUUAGCAGCUGCGGCGGCUGCCACUUUGUGCGGCCGGGCUCGGAGCGAGGGGCUCCCGGGCUCUUCCGGUUUUCACAAGCUAGAGAUUUUCCAAGCUACACUUUUGAGUAAAAAGCCUUAUUAAAAGGAA